AUGAAUUUCAUUAUCCAAGAAGGUGAGAGUAUCAUCUGCAUGGUGGACCUACUGGAAAAAUGUGACAUUACUUGCCAAGCAGAAGUCUGGAGCAUGUUUACAGCCAUUCUGAAGAAAAGCAUACGAAAUCUUCAAGUCUGCACUGAAGUAGGCCUUGUUGAAAAAGUGCUUGGGAAAAUUGAAAAAGCUGACAAUAUGAUAGCUGAUCUUUUAGUUGACAUGUUGGGAGUGCUGGCUAGCUAUAAUUUGACAGUUCGAGAACUAAAGCUUUUCUUCAGUAAACUUCAAGGAGAUAAAGGACAAUGGCCUCCACACGCUGGGAAGUUGCUGUCUGUGUUAAAGCACAUGCCUCAGAAGUAUGGCCCUGAUGCCUUUUUCAACUUUCCAGGAAAGAGUGCUGCAGCUAUUGCAUUACCCCCUAUAGCCAAAUGGCCAUACCAAAAUGGUUUUACAUUUCAUACCUGGCUUAGAAUGGAUCCUGUAAAUAACAUCAAUGUAGAUAAGGAUAAACCAUAUUUGUAUUGUUUCAGAACCAGUAAAGGUCUUGGUUAUUCUGCUCAUUUUGUUGGAGGCUGUUUGAUUAUAACAUCAAUCAAGUCAAAAGGAAAAGGCUUUCAACACUGUGUGAAAUUUGAUUUCAAGCCACAAAAGUGGUAUAUGGUAACCAUAGUGCACAUUUAUAACCGAUGGAAGAACAGUGAACUUCGAUGUUAUGUGAAUGGCGAGCUAGCUUCCUAUGGAGAGAUAACAUGGUUUGUCAACACCAGUGAUACCUUUGACAAAUGUUUCCUGGGCUCAUCAGAAACAGCAGAUGCUAAUAGAGUAUUCUGUGGUCAGAUGACUGCAGUUUACCUUUUCAGUGAAGCUCUUAAUGCAGCUCAGAUUUUUGCUAUUUAUCAGUUGGGCCUGGGAUACAAGGGUACGUUUAAAUUCAAAGCAGAAAGCGACCUUUUCCUUGCUGAGCAUCACAAACUUUUGUUGUAUGAUGGCAAACUCUCUACUGCCAUUGCCUUCACAUACAAUCCAAGGGCUACAGAUGCCCAGCUGUGCCUGGAAUCAUCUCCUAAGGACAAUCCUUCAAUUUUUGUUCAUUCACCGCAUGCACUCAUGCUCCAGGACGUGAAGGCAGUUCUAACACAUUCCAUCCAAAGUGCUAUGCAUUCAAUUGGAGGAGUACAAGUGCUAUUUCCACUUUUUGCACAGUUGGAUUAUAGGCAACAUUUGUCUGAUGAGGUUGAUUUGACUAUCUGUUCAACCUUGCUAGCUUUUAUCAUGGAGUUGCUGAAGAACUCAAUUGCUAUGCAGGAGCAGAUGCUUGCCUGUAAGGGCUUCUUGGUAAUAGGAUAUAGUCUUGAAAAGUCUUCCAAAUCUCAUGUCAGCAGAGGAGUACUUGAACUUUGCCUUGCAUUUUCAAAAUAUCUGAGUAAUCUGCAGAAUGGGAUGCCCCUACUGAAGCAAUUGUGUGAUCACAUUCUUCUUAACCCUGCUAUAUGGAUUCAUACCCCAGCCAAGGUUCAGUUGAUGCUCUAUACUUACUUGUCCACGGAAUUCAUUGGUACAGUCAACAUAUAUAACACCAUUCGGAGAGUUGGAACGGUGCUUCUCAUCAUGCACACUCUGAAGUACUACUACUGGACAGUGAAUCCUCAGGAUCGAAGUGGUAUCACUCCAAAAGGAUUAGAUGGACCACGACCUAAUCAAAAAGAAAUACUUUCUCUGCGAGCAUUCUUAUUGAUGUUCAUUAAACAAUUAGUGAUGAAGGAUUCUGGAGUAAAAGAAGAUGAAUUACAGGCCAUUCUUAAUUACCUACUGACUAUGCAUGAGGAUGACAAUCUCAUGGAUGUCCUACAGCUGCUUGUUGCAUUAAUGUCAGAACAUCCUAAUUCUAUGAUUCCUGCAUUUGACCAAAGGAAUGGGUUACGUGUUAUCUACAAACUUCUGGCAUCGAAAAGCGAAGGAAUCAGAGUACAAGCUCUUAAGGCAAUGGGCUAUUUUUUAAAACAUCUGGCUCCAAAGAGGAAAGCUGAAGUCAUGCUUGGGCAUGGAUUGUUUUCAUUGCUAGCUGAAAGACUCAUGCUUCAGACAAAUUUAAUCACAAUGACCACAUAUAACGUUCUGUUUGAGAUUCUUAUAGAACAGAUUGGUACUCAGGUGGUACAUAAACAGCAUCCAGAUCCUGAUUCUUCAGUAAAGAUACAAAACCCUCAGAUACUAAAAGUAAUUGCGACCCUACUUCGAAAUUCUCCCCAGUGCCCAGAGAGCAUGGAGGUUCGCAGAGCCUUUCUUUCUGACAUGAUUAAACUUUUUAAUAACAGUAGAGAAAACAGGAGGAGUUUAUUGCAAUGCUCUGUGUGGCAAGAGUGGAUGCUUUCUCUUUGCUAUUUUAAUCCUAAGAAUUCAGAUGAGCAAAAGAUAACAGAAAUGGUGUAUGCCAUAUUCAGAAUCCUACUUUACCAUGCAAUCAAAUACGAGUGGGGUGGCUGGCGUGUGUGGGUAGACACCUUAUCAAUCACACAUUCAAAGGUAAGUUUCUUUAUGAAAGGUAUUAUGAGAGAGCAGCAGGGAAAAGUUGAUGAAGAAAUAGGGCCAUAUUCUUCAAGUCCAGUUCAAGCAGUCUCUGGCAUUGGCAGGGAUGUUAAUGUUUCAGUAGGGUCUCAGCAGUCAGAUACAAAAGAUUCUUCUGUCUAUCCUCAUUUCACUAGAAAUAGUGAUGAAAAUUCAAGUGUUGAGAAGACAAGUUCAAUAGAAUGUGCAUCCAGCAUUCAACUGCAAACUCAUAAUACAUCUGAUGAAGAAGUGAAAACUGAGCAAGAAAAUCAGGAGUUACUGCAUGAAGUCACUUUGGAAGAAACACUGACAGAUGAGACAAUGAAUGUGGGUGAUUUACAAGUAUCUUCGGACGUAACAGAAGCUGUGAGUAUUUCCUCUAAUUCUUUUAAAACAACUGGCAAAGAUACAAUUUCCAUCAGUGAAGUAACUGCUUCUGUAAGUUCCCCUUCAGAAGAGGAUGCUUUAGAGGUACCAGAAUUCUUGGAUAAGUCUAUAGUGGAGGAAGAGGAAGAUGAUGAUUAUGUGGAACUGAAAGUAGAAAGUAGUCCCACUGAAGAAGCCAGUCUACCCACACAGCUCCAAGAUAAUAGAUUAUCUCCAGCUGCAUCUGAAGCCAGUGAAAGACUGCAAAUGUUUGACAAUGAUAACAAAUUAAUAUUUCAAGGGGAAGAACCUGUUACUAAAAUGCAAACUGAUACUGAAACUCAAGAUUCUAAAGAUUCUGGAAUCGUGACUAUGACAGCAUCAGCGUCUUCAGCUACUUCACCAGAAACUACUGUUUCUGAAACAGCUGUACAAUCAGAUACUGGUCAGAUGCUGGAGGAAGGAAAGAAAACAACUAACCUUGCUAGAGAAACCAAAUUAAUUAAUGACUGUCAUGCUAAUACCUUCGAGGCUUUUGCUACUUCCGAGCAAAAGAUUGCCAAGUUGGAUGUUUCCAGUGUUGCUACAGAUACCGAGAGACUGGAAUUGAAGGCCAGUACAAACAUGGAAGCACCUCAGCCUCAUCGACCUGUGCUUGAGAUGUCAAGGCAACAGGAGCAACCAGGGCAAGAAAUAGCACCAGAUGCAGUUAAUGGACAAAGGAGGGAUUCCAGAUCUACUAUGUUUCGUAUUCCUGAGUUCAAGUGGUCUCAAAUGCAUCAACGUUUGCUCACUGAUCUAUUAUUUUCAAUAGAAACAGAUGUACAGAUGUGGAGAAGGAAGUAUACACCCCCAGUAUGCCUCCUGCAUCAUUAUCUUUCUUCAGUUUUCAAGAUGAAGCACAAGCACCUUCUUAUCCUCCCUCCCCUCAAGUAG